AGCCGCGAGGCCCGUUGUCAUAGGCGAAAAAGGCUGGAGCUGUGGCUCUUCGUUUCUCAGUGAAAGGGCUAAAAUGGAGGCGUCUCCGGGGCGGCUGCUUUUGCCGCUGUUGGUGGUGCUGACGGGAACGUACGUCGCGAUGGGCUGGCAACAGCCGGAGAGAGUCCUAUUGAGGGAGGUCCAAGCCCUGACACUCUAUAAGGGUAAGUACACAAAUUAUCGGAGGACAUCUCCAGUGCCCCAGUUGCAAUGUACCGGAGGCUCAGCUGGAUGUACAGCAUAUACCCCUGAGGUUGUUCAGUGUUACAACAAAGGCUGGGAUGGCUAUGAUGUGCAGUGGGAAUGUAAAGCACAUUUGGAUGUUUCAUAUCGCUUUGGAAAAAUUGAAGUAAGCUGUGAAGGCUACGAUUAUCCAGAUGACCCUUUCAUUUUAAAAGGAUCGUGUGGCUUGGAGUACACAUUAGAGUUAACUAAAGGACAGCAAAAAGCUAACACUUUUUCUGGGACCUAUUAUUCUGCACCUUCUCAUGAUUCAGUUGGUUCUGGAUUUGGAUUGAUCCUGGUAAUAUUAUUUGUUGUUUUUGUUUUUGGCAUCUACAAGCUAUUCCUCUGUGAUAACCGACAACAUAAUUUCCCUAAUGAUGAUGCACAUUCAGGAUCCUACGGGCAAAGUUAUCAAAGCCCACCUCCGCCAGGAUUUAAAUCAAAUUACUCAGGAGCUGCUAGUGGGUCCAACUAUGAUUCCAAUUCAGGGCCAGGUUUCUGGACUGGAUUAGGUGCCGGAGGACUUCUUGGAUAUUUGUUUGGCAACCGAAGGUCACCUUUAGAUCACAGGCAUUCUCCUUAUUACAGCACAUGGGCUGGUCCAUCUGCUCCACCACCAUAUACUGGUUCAUUGGGCAAUUCAAAUAGCUGUUCAACAUCUUCUAGUUCAGAAACAAAACCCACCUCUGGUUUUGGAGGUACAAAAAGAAGAUGAAGUUUGACUCCCACUCUACCUAACGAGUGAAUAAAGCAACAUUUCAGCAAUUCUGAAAUGUGUCUUAAGCCUGUCUGUUAGAGUUAUAACAUUCUAAUUCAGCUGUAUAUAUUUGUAUCUGUGCAUCUCUAAAAAUGACAUUAAAUUUAUUUUGGAACAGUAACUUUUGACAGAAUGGGGAAGCUUCUCAAGUAAUCUCUAACAUGGAACUGUGUUCUAUAGAAAAAGGAGUAGUGUAGCCUUCUGCAAUCUAGUCGCUUUCAGAUGGAUUGGAGUAUCUUUCCUAGAAAUAAUAGCUUGCCAUCAUGAUGGGGACUAAGGACUGGAAUAUUAGUCAUAAUUAUAUUUUUAAAAUGUUGGAAAUGCCAUUUUC